AUGUCCACCGUGAAACAGUUUUCGCUUACCAGUGAAAACCUUAAGAGGUUUGAGAAAGAACUACAAGAGAAAAAAAGGAAAAGCAAGUCCCUUACGAGAAAAAUAUACAAUGAAAGAACAGAAGGUGAUGGUAGAAGCUCAGGAAUUCAGUCUUAUGGCUCACAACUUAGUGCAUUUAAAGACAGCCUCAAUACCAAGUCGCAUCAUGUAGUUGCUAAAAAAGCUGUCAAUUCUCAUAAUCCCUCGCAAGCUGGUAGGAAGAUUUCUUUGCCUAUACACCGACCAGGACCCGAAUCAGUCCGAAGGAACCCCGAUGGACAGAGUCGGAACGAAAGCAACCCUACUCCACAUAUUGUAAGGGUUGAAUAUGAUGACGAAAGUGACCGCAUUGACUACAAAACUAAUAGCGAAGAUGAGGACCCACGGUUCGCCUCUGACGAUGAGGAAGAAAGUAGUGAUGAUGACGAUGAUGACGACGAUGACGACAGUGAUGAUGAUGAUGAUGACGAGGAUAGUGAUGAUGAAAGUGUCGAGAGUGAAAGUGAAGAUGAGAGUGACGAUAGUGAUGAUGAUGAUGAUGAGGAAGAAGUUAAAGUUGAGGAUGAAGUCGAGGAUGAUACCAAUGGAACUGUAACAGACUUUAAAAGAUUACAAGAGACUCCUGUCAGUGUUCGAACUCACUACUCCAGCAGUUUAAAUGCGAGCACCAGCAGUAUUCCGACCAUUGCUUCAGUCCGGAGCAGGCCAGAAUCCAUAAAAACGACCAAGACAGAGAGAAGAGCUAGCGUCAAGUCCACUGUUAGUUCUGCACCGUCUUACAUUCUGAACAUUAAUCAGUUCCGCAUGAAAAAAAUGGCAGUAAAACAGGAAAAAGAAAGAGAGAAACUUGGAAUUGAAGUCAAUGAAUCGGAACUUUCUGAAUCGAGUCGCAACCGUUCAGCGCUUAGUAGAAUGAGCAGGCGCGAAAAAGGCACCACGAGCGUGCAAAGCAAAGGCUCUUAUGUGACAGUGAGGAAUUGGACACGAUGGAGUACAUUCAGUGCGGCUGGUUACACUAUUAGCGAAGGGCCUGAAAAUAACAAAUUUAAAAGAAAACAGAAAAAAAAGCAAGGAAAAACUCCCACAAAAACCCAAUCUCGCUCUCAAGUGCCACAUUUGCCCGCAGUUUCUAAUAAAACCGUAAGUAAAUCCCAACCUGACCUUCAAAAAGCUAGGAAACGUCGCGUUACAUUAACGAUACUUCCUGGCCUCUCGAAUGUGCGACCAGUAAGUCGCAGUCAGAUGGCUUCUCGGAUGAGCACUCGUUCGAUUAUAAAGAUACCAACCAUACAGCGUGUCAAAUCUGUCCCUGACUUGAAUAGGGAAGCGGUGAUGUCAUUUUUCGAGAUAGAAAGAGGAGCGAAUCGAUCUGCAAGCAGGUCUGGUCGUAGGGGCAAAAGUAGCAGAGCAGAAAUGUCAUCUAAAAGUAAACAACGAAAAAGACAAGAAACAGAUAACGACGAAUUAUAUGAUUUUAAGAAUCGACGUAAAAGAGUUUUGAAACGCAAGGAACGCAGUCGGAGAGAUAGAAAUGAUACGUAUCUUAGUUCCGCGUCGACUGUUCGACCGAUUACUAGACAACACAAGAAACCUUCAAUCGAUGGUGGAGUUUCUUUAACGAGUGCAUUGUCCGUGUCCACUGUAAAAUCAAGUAAAUCUGACAAAAGUGGAAAAACUUCCUCUAGUGCUUCAAGCAAAGUAAGCGUUAUUUCAAGAAAGCCCAGGAUGCAACCAAUCCGAACUUAUGCUGGUUACCAAAGCAACGCAUCCAGUCGAGGCUCGUUAUUCCCUCCACGGACACCUAUCAGUCUGAUCCUUCAACGCAGCCCGAGCCUGCGAUCUGCCAUAACAGAAUACAGCAGUUAUCUGAGCUUAGCAGCUUCGAGUAUUAAGUCUGUCCGACCUACUUCUGUGUGGAGUCUAUCAAGUACCGGUAAGUAUUUACUUUUAAAUUGACCUUUUAAAUAGAGGUUUAGUUUUAAUUGAAAAUCUCUAUAUUGUUGGAUUGAGUGUCUACUCGAAGUCGGCCAGUCAACCUGCCAUCACCCUCUCACUAACAAAUAAAGUCAGUAGAUAUGUUACUAACUCCCUUUGUGAUAAAAACACAGAAUAAAAUAUACGUUUAGCGGUCAUCUUUUAGAAAAGACCAGCCUAAAUAUGAAGCAUGAAGGAAAAAUGGUGAUGACAAGAAGAAAUAUAGAAGAACAACUAGAAAAAGUAUCCAUCUAAGAGAGAAUAAUGGGAUAGAGAGGGAAUCUUACGGCGUUGACGCGUAGUCCCGUCAAUAAAGACUUUAAGAUCCAACGACGCGACGGCGACAAGGACGUCGCUUAAAAAGUGAAUUGACGUUCUUUUAUAUUAGUCUUAACGAUUAUUCCUACCCACUUACUUUGUCAAAUGUAGGCGAACCCUCCUGCAGCUGACUUUCAAGUGACCAUAUUCAAGCUCAGAAAGAGCAAUAAAAUUCCGUCGUUGCUUGUUUAUGUCCUCCUUAAAACGCGAAAUUAGACAUUUUUACGUCGUAGUCGUGCAAAACAGGAAAGACAUGUACAAAAAAGGGUGAUGCACGUGCAAAGUUGUUGUUUUGCUUAUUAAUCCGUUGGUUUUUUGACGUUCUCAUAGCCGUUCGCGUUUUUUUGGAUCUUCAAGUCUCUAAUGUCCCAUUAUUCAACACUGAAUAAAAGUUUGCGGACCUCUCCGGAAACCAACUUCGGAUUUUAAAUUUCAAGUGUUUAAUUGGCCUAAAAAUAACUUUGGGUAAAAAUUCACAUAUCCCAAGGGCAAGACUGGGCGUUUCCCUCUCUGUCUCCUUAUUCUCUCUUGAUCCAUCAGAUGACGAAUUAGACUGAGAAAACAAUCGACAACCAAUCAGAAGCACUACUCAGAUCUUGGAAGUGACACGUCAUCAGUAUGGAAUUUCUGCCCUCGUUUCGCGGGGAAAUCAAUGGUGGGGGUGCGAAAUGUCGGCUAUUUCCCCGGGCUAACAACCAAUUAACUUCAAUUUCCCAUUCCGGAAACCAUAAGGGGAAUGGGUACAAGCUUUCGGCGCAAAGAUUUCUGGGUUCGUUUGGGUGGGAAAGCACUACGUAUGAUUGGUUAAUCGUUGCCUUGAAUAUCAUCCACCAAUCAUAACUAACGCUCGUCCACCCAAACGAUCCCAGAUAUCUCUACGCCCAACGCUUGCACCCAUUCUUCCUAGAGUUUCUGGAGUGGGGAAUUUUGUCUGUCAAUUCAUGUACUUUUUGUAUCUAAAAAAAACACAAUCAAAGACCAUCAUCCGCAUACAAAUAUAAUAAAUGAACUGGCGUCAAGAAUUCUUGCGGUAUUUAUUAGAGCUACAGAUAAUAAGAACCACUCAAAGCGAUGGGCCGAAAGGUGACGACGGCCUCUCAAUGGAGGCCAGGCUUACAUCAGCAAUGGUGAAAGAAUUUCGGGACUUGUCAACAACUUUUUAAAACAAUUAAAGUUCAAAUAUAUUUGUUGUUUGUUUAUACGCCCAAUUCUUUAAUAUCCGUCAUACCAGAAGCAAACUCCUUCCCAGUAACGAAACAGGUGUAUAGUGAAGCUUCUUUCGCAGUUACAUUCCGGUUACCAUGGAGAUAGUUUUUUUGAUGGUCUCAAAUUUGCUAUUACUUCCAAGAACUUUUUCUUCGUUACAUGAACACUCAUUUGCCUCAUUUGUUUUUUCAGUAGCCUUCAAAAAUAAAAAAUUAUAGAGGCAACUACCUCAGUCGGCAGCCUCUGCAAAAAUUUGAAGAUUUUUGCAGGUGCCUUGUUAACCCUAGAGUCGAAUAUACGAUACAAAAUAAACGUUUUUCUAAUGCUACCUUGUUAAGGCUUUUCGUCUGCCUCACAACCCUGUUUUAGAACCUAAAGAGGUGCUGUAAUAAUUUUUCUAGAACGUAUUGAAAAAUAGUGUCUCUUUUAUAUUUCAAAGAGAAAAAAGGGGAAAUUUUUAUUUGGAAGAGAGGUGUCACUGAUGCAAAUUCAUAAUUUACGACAAUUUAUUUAACAACCGUAACGUUUAGGGCUGAAUUGACAUGCAAAUGUUAGAACGCCAGUCAUUAAAGAUUUAUUGGUCAAGAACAGUUAAUCUGUGCAAUUAGCGGUUUCUAAGACAUCAAAUCGUCGAAAGUUAAACACACUUUAUAAAGAAGUAAAGUUGAGGCCAGAAUCUACGGCUGAUAAAACUAUCGUCAAUGGAUGAAAAAGGCCCGCAAAUUAGAGUUGAGGAUGUUGAAAAUGACCAUGGUAAGUUACACGCAAAUUAAAUGAAAACCUCAUGAAUUUAUUCGCAAUAAUUUAAGCGGAGUUCAAUUUGGCAGAAAAAAAAUUCAGCGAGAAGUUAGUAGAUUGUCGAAGUGGAAUAAGGGUUUUUUCCAACUCAUAAAAACGUGUUUGAAUGCUUUCAAGCGACAGACAUUGCCAUCACCACCAUCAUCUACUGCAGCGAUAAGUUUUAGAUUAAAUUGUUUACUUUUGAACUUAGUCACUCUGCAUGCUGAUUUCAUAAACCACAAAUAAUUCCACGGAAUUUGCGCACGGCAGGGGAAGAUGCAGGACCAGUAGGAUUACAGAGUUGUGGUGGUUAGGGGACUAUUCUUCUAGGCUCUCAUGCCUAAACGAAACCUCAGUAUUGUAGAACUAUUUUUCACUUUUAAAAGAUCUAAGAGAACAACAAUCACUCUAUCUAACUAUCAAACCAUCGCCAAGCAUCGCUUCUUCUUGCCCAAAUGAAGUUCUUGAACUCCACGUACUUUCUCCAAUUACAACAUCCGAAUCGCUGUUACCAUGGAAUCGCCUGAGAAAAUACGUAGGUCACUAAAUGUUUAAACGUUAUGCCCGAGAGGCAAAACUCAACUGCCUUCGGUUGGUUUUAUUGAAGAGUACUCGUCACCCGUUAAACAGCUGAACAGCUGUCUACAUCAAGGAAAAUAUUUAGUUGACUAAAACCAGAGAAAUGCUCUCAAUUACAAGAGAAACGGAAGGUAAUUUUAAACUGGAAAAAUGUGUUGUAUAUUAUUAUGCCAACUUAACAAUUGCAACCGUAAGUUAAGGCAUAAUGUACGAAUUCAAAGAAGUAUCCUUUGCAAAAACUGGAUUGGAGAAGAUUCGCCUAACAAACCAAGAGUAAUCUUCUCACCUUUGAUCAUAUAUAAACUGGAAGACUAUAAACCCUUUUAAAUGGAAUAGAAGACUAACGUUGCCAAGGAAAAAGCUACUAAGAUACUUGAAAAUCGGUAAAUUCCUGAGUGUUUUUGGGAUAUAUUGACAAAAAGAGUUCAAAUGAUCUGUAUACGAAAUUUCAAAUUUUGUAAGAGCAAUGUAAUAAUUUAUUUGUUUGUUUAGUUAACAGAGGCACCCAACGACCAGAACACUCUAAACAAGUCAUGAAUGUCUAAAAUGGAUUUCGCUAUGCUUUACAAGUCUGUUUCGUCAAUUUGGAGCAGCUCUAAAAACUGUUCGGAUGUUUACUGAAGGGAAACUUUGGCCGUCUCGAAAGUUUAAGCUAUCCCGACAGGUCUUGUCACUGCAAGGAGCGCGGAGUAAACAUACUUUCAUUAGAAAGUUUUAGAGGACAACGUUUGUCUAUCUAUACCUAAAUUUUCAAGUACUAGCCAUUUUUUUACCAAUAAUCGCCAAAUCUUGGAAUAAAAUGUAAAACAUCCACUCCCGAAAAUCGUAGGGAGGUUAAUAUUAAAACUCCGAAUAUUUUAGACGAAUGGAACGGUUAUCCAAAAAUUUCUAGCCUUUCGUCUGCAAUAGAAGUUUCUAGACAACAUUUACUCCUUUGACAGAUAUUUCACCGAAAAUAGUCGUUAGGUGCCCCUGAGUAAAAAGAGCUUAGGAAACAUGAUUCUCGAUAGUGCGCUGGCGCUUAGUAAAACUGUGUUGCCAGGGACACCAGACUCGCUGAGAAACGAGCCAGUCUUAAGCUGAUUUGAGUCACUACUGUUUCUUAGACGGAGAGAGCACAGCUGUCGGUCCACAGGCUACCAGCCCUGAUAAGGAAGAAGUUAAACCAUCGCCAGUUAAACAAGCUACACCAGUGCAAAAGAAGCCAACACCGGUGAACAGGGAGCCAAGAAAGUCUUCAUCAAAAGCAAAGAGAAAUACACCUGCGAGGGACGAGAAACAGAGUGAUUCUGAAACCGAACGAAUGCAUUUACCAUUAAUUCGGCCGCAGACGGUGACUUCUGGUGCAACCUCUCCUUACGCUUUAUCUGUAAGAGCUGAGACGCCAAAAGGUAAGGAAAUCCGGGAGUAACAAAGUUUAAUGCGGGGAUGCUCCUACCAGAUUUCAGAGCCCUUUCCCUUAGAAGAUACCUUUUGAAAAGCGCACUACAUUAAAAACACUGUUACAGUAUCCCUUUUCUACCCUUAAAAAGCAUUUUGGCCAAUAACUUCGCUAUUCUAUGAUGCCACUUUUUCUUCUCGUGAUUGACCGCAGCAAAAUCCUCAAGUGGAUCAACCUCAGGGUGUGGCCGUUUCUUCAGUCCUGAUACCUUGCGUCAACUUGUGCAAUCCCUGCACCUUUUUUAAAUAAGAGAUACCUUUUAUAAUUAGCAAAUUGUCUAGACCUUGAAGCUUUAUAUCUGCAACUGCAAAAUAAGCAAUAAUUUUUAAGUGUGAAACAACAUCAGUUAGUAGUCAGUCCUGCUGAUACAGAUUGAAUGCUAGAUAUCAAUAUAGCAGUAUAAAGUGCUUCAGUCGCGCGGUUACACCGCUUUGUCAUUGUGGCUAAUGACACUGAUUUUUUUUUCCUUACUGGCAGAAAUAAAGAAAGCAAAGAAGCAGCAGAAACUCAAGUUACCACAUGGUAAGUGUUUUUUCCUUGUAAUAAUUCAUCCCGCAGCAGAGUAUACUUAUUACCGUUGUCGUAGACGACAGGCUUGAGGGAAAUUUUGGUUUAAAGCCUUGCUUUUCGUUCAAUACUGUCCUAAAUCUAGCUAAGAUUUCAUUCAAUCAAAAAACUGAGUCUGAGUCAUUAUUUCAAUAAAUGUUUCAGAAUGUUUGGGUUAUUUUUCGAAUGUUUUGAUAAAUUAAAGAUUAAAAAUUUGAGGGAAGGAUGUUUAGAAUUAAGAAAAGUUGUAAAAUAUUGAUUUGGGGUUUUUGAAAAAUUAAAAUAUGAAGGAGAAAAUUAGUAGAGAAAUGCGAGAUAGUCCACCACUACAACAAGGUGCCCCUGACGAUAAAGAACCUUCAGUAGACUAACUGUUUUUUUCGUAUACCUUUUUCUACCCUUACUUCUUUUUCUCUUAAUACCCAUCCCCACCCGCCUCCCCCCCCGCAAAAAAAAACAACCAGACUCUCCCCCUUAAGAAGAGUGACUAGGCGGAGAAAGUGUCUCACUUUUGUCAUGAAAAGUUGAGGGAGCGUCUAAAUCCACCCUUGCAUCAUUUAGCCCCCUUUCAAACGUUGUGCUACUGCCGCGCCGAACUCAAUUCAUAAAUUAUAAAUACAUCAGAAUAUGUUUAAAAGUUUGUUAAACUGUUUCUUUAUUUUUGUGUUUUGUUUUCGGGGACGGCCGUUCUAUUCGACUGAAUUAAAUUGGACGUCUAAAAUCAAGUCGUGCUAGUGUUGUGCUGCAGACGAGCUACAGUCUAGCCAGCUUAGCACAGAAGUAGCACGACGUUUGAAACAGGCCUUAGGUUUUUCUAUGCAAUGUUAGACUCGUGUUAAUCAUCGGACAUCAAAACUGCAGAAUCGAUCGUUGCCUAUAGCAACAGUGUUACGAUAAUGAGCUCAUCAUUCUUUAUAAAUUAGGAGUUUCAAAAGCCGGGUGCUAAUAACAUAACUAAGGGUAUCUGGUACCCCUUGCUAGAAUUUUCUUAUUGAUUAAAUGCUUUGCGCUUUUUAAUUUUCGAAGUGGUUUGAAGCUUGAUUAAAUUAAAUGAUGAGUAUAAGCUUAAAAGGCAAUUAGCUUUUUGUGCGUGUUCAGCUGGUCUCUUCGAAAAUGCUUUUAGCAUCUUGUGAUCUAUUUAUGUCGUCUUCCCUUAGACCGCGUUUUAUUUGACAAAUAGAAUACUGGGUAUUCUGUAGCCACAAGUGAAUUACUUAACGAAGUAGCCUGGGCUCAUUUGUGCUAGUUCAGGGAAAAUUUUGGCGCGCGAGGAGUUGAGUGACUUCCUCGCGCGCCAAAAUUUUCCCAGAACUAUCGAGCACAAGUGAGCCUGCCCGGGGGCUAUUGACGAAGAAGUUUUGUUUGAUACGGAAUCACUAGUAGCUAACUUGCUAUCUGCACAAUGAUGACUAUUUCUUACAGUAAACUAGUUCUUUCCAAGCAAGAGACUAAGGUACUUGAGUUGUUUGAAAUACGGAAACACUAACAUCGUGCUAAAACUUGCUAUCUUCAAUUUCAAAAUUCUAUGACUAAACAGAAUAAAAUUGCAUUAGAAUCAGUAAACUUUUCGUUCUUUCCAAGACAAUUUGAGAUCUAAAUUUUCGGGUAUUUGAGUCUUCUCCAAGGAUUUUCUCUAAAAAUGGUAAAUACUGAAACAUUUUGAUCAAAAAGGCAUCGUGUUAAAACUUUUCCUGCAUAAAAUUCAUUCAAAUUUUUUAUCAUUUUUCUCACUAAAUUUCUAUCGCCAGAUAAACAGAAUAAAAUAUGCAUUAGAAUCUGUUUGAAUUUGUCAACAAUGGUUUUGAACUAUAUCCUCGUUGGGUGCCCCUGUUAGAAUUUGUCUCAUUGCAGUUAAUGGUAGCUAAUGUUUAAGCCGAAUACCCGUAGUUAAUUUCGUCUUGUUUUAUUUUAUCUUUUGUUUAUUGUUCAAGGAUGCUACUAGCGGGAAGCCUGUUUUUUGCGUGCACAAAUUCACCUAUCUUAACAAAUUUAUGUUUGUAGGACUGUUUGAAUAACAAUUUCCAGGAUCAACAUACAAUUACCGCCCUUUGUUAUUGUGGCUUACUUAAAACAAAGACAAUACAAUUGAGAUAUUGAAACCUCACAGGACUAAUGGUUGUCCAAUCACAAUCCAGAUAGCAAUGCAAAGUCGGACAACGUUAAUUAGCACCAUGUUUUAAAUGUGGUGUCUCUAUGGAAACACAGCACGACGCUGUGUUGAAUAUAGACAACCCCAGCACAAAGCUGACGAAUAGAAAUAACCAAAGCGAAAUUGACACUAAACAAACUACGCUCCUUACAACUUUUAACUUACGACAGCGACUGCUCUUGUCACAAACCUUAACACCUGGUAUCACACGGUUUUUGUUUACAAUCUGUUUAAAAGUUCUCUGUUGCUGCAACUGCUGCUGUAAACAUGACAGAAGUGGCAUGUAAGUAUGAAUGGAUGCCCCAAGAAAUGCUGAACUAGCUACUUAAUCUUGAUUUCACCAGGAAUGCAGAGAUCUUCAUUGUCUCGUGUUUUCCUUUCUUUGCAGUUGUUAGAGUGAAUCACCCGCUACCCGACUUCACGGAGGCCACUCGAGAUGCCGGCAUGUAAGUAACUAUUUGCUUUGGUUUCCAGUUCAAUUCGAUCUUGAUUUGUCUCAAACAAUCCGAUCAGGUUUCCUUUUUUCUGAAGAUAUAAUUUAUUUUUUUGUUUUAACAGCACUCGCCUGGUCAAACUUGCAAAACCCAAGGAGUCCAAGGCUGUAUGGAUGACAAGCUUUUGGUAAGGGAAACUACAUAGAAGGCGUACUGGUGUUUAUAAUGCAAAAAUUUAGUAUGUAAUGAGAAAAGUUCCCUCAAAGGCUUAGUUGAAUAUGUAACCUAUGAGUAGAUAACUAACUUAUUCUCGAUUAAGCGCUUUGCGCUUCGAAAAUUUCCGCUCAGCUUUUCUUCAUGAUCAUUGAAAUGUAUGAAACACAUUUUAUCUGAAAACAAGGGUAUUCUCUCCUUUCUUCAAAAUCAAGCGUUGUUGUUUGUUACCUUGUUGAAUAAAGGAUCACUGUUGAAGAAAAUGACAAAAUUUAGCGUAUACUGUUAAAAAUGCCUUGUACUUAAGUUAAAGUUUUACUUUUAUUUUUAAUGUAGUGAUAUCGCGCUAAUGGCAUUUUUUGUGAAAAGGCUAAAGACACUGUUUAAUAGAGUGCUAAUUGGCUUGAUUGUUUAGCCAACAUAAGUUGAAAAAUAGAAUUUGCCUUUUAGGCCUCUUGUUUGGGGAAACCAAGAAACGAUGUGGCCUAUGUCUAGAGCAGCGCUAUCAGCGAAUGCUUCAGAGAGAUUAAUGGCCUUAGCAACGCCGAAGAAAGAUUUCCAACAAGAUCAUCCACUCAAGUGUAACAGGUACUAUACAAAGCCGGUAAAAUUAGGGAUUAAUUCUAACAAUGUACCAUGCAAAAAGCUACUAGUCUAUACGGUAUCGAGCACGCCAUGAUCGUAGCGAGUCUGUCAGAGUGUGUCACAAACCGUUGUCGUUCUCACUAAAUCAAUUUCUAGUAAGGAAAGAAGGCCCUGGAAAAAAGCCAAACGUUUUAAUUAUUAAUUCUCUUUGAAGAAGAAUCAAGUAGCAGUUUGAAGUUGUUUCAUUGUAGCCUGCGUGCACUUUUCAGGUGCUGAAUUCAGCUCAUUUCCUGAUUAACUAUACAUUUCAUUCCAUCAUUCCAUAACCUUUCCUUUGAGGAAGUCAACGAGAGCGUGAGUGAAUGCGAAGCGCGAGGUUUUAUUUUAUUCAUGUUUUUCUCAUUUACCCAUCCCAACCACCUGCCCGAGAAGUCAAUAAAUUCCCCGCUGUAAGUUUUAAUUUUUAUACGCGCGCUCGAAAAAAGGUCUGUUAAAAGACUCUCCAACCAUGCACACUUCACCCGUGUGGCAAGUUUUUGAAAAGAAUGUUCCACGGAAGUUUGCGAUAACCUUUUUUAAAUCACUCACUCGAGCUUACCGUACCUAGCCUCACAGAUCUACUUUUCCCGUUUUCAGAGAACAAUACACGUUUAGCUGCGGUCGCAAUUCUGUUCUGUGGGAGGUUAAACCGCUGGCUUUGAAAGCAAACAUUUCCGCAAGACUCGAGCAGUUGGCUGAGCCUAAGCCGGCACCAGAGGGACACAGAGAACCAAGGUAACUUAAGAUUUACCAUCGUACACAUGCGACCAAAGCAUACGCCCUUCACAAGGCGCUAGCGCUCGCGUUCAUUCCAACGCAACAACACAGUUUCUUUUGAUACAGGUAACUCCGCCAGGCUUCAUUCUGCAUUGAUUCGUGUUGCACGUCAGACUGUGAACUGUUUCCAUUCCAGAGAUAAAAAAAAACGCAGAACAAUACCUGAACUGAAAUGUUUCCGCAGACUGUCUUCCACUACGAUGCUUAUAACAUUUUCGUGAUACCCUUCACUGAUUAUUGGGAUCAAUGGUUCGACAGGCUGUAUUUGUAAUUAGAUGACUUUGUUGAAGGCCCGUGUUUAGUAAAGAUUGCGCACUAGUUAUAAAGCCUUUCGGGUAAAACAAAAAGUUUUUCACUAACUUCAAUUUUCGUCUCAAGAUUUUUUUCUUUUCUUUUGGCACGAACAUUAUGCUGUUUUCGUUCUUUGGGGUUGAAAAAUUAAGUACCGUUUAGGAAAACCGAGUUAAGACGGUGUUCGAACAAACCGACGUUCCAACUCAUUUUCAAUUUUGCUAACAUAUAACAGUUUAUGACUUAAAAUAAUAUUUCAAGGCCACUGAUUAUUUUUAACCCGGGAUUUAAGUCAGAUGUUAUGACUACCGUAAAUGAUCGAUUAAGCGCCGCUGUGCUAAUACAGGUAUUUAAAAAUUGACUCCCCACCUUUGUUACGGCGCUAGAUAUCACUUGAGAAAUAAGACCUCGACCAACUCGUGAGUUCUAAAGUUUUAAUGUAGGGAAACUCUUGAAACCAGAUUCAUAUAACAGUUCGAGGUGUACAUAUUUUAUGCCAUUGUGCACACCAAGUACGCACCUCUCUUAAUUCUCUCUAUAUUCCCCUCAGUGUUUUAGCCGUAGUUGAAAUAAGCACCGCUCUCGUAUGAGCCCCGCACCUAUAACAGAGAAAAUGAAAUAAGCGCUGCGGCGCUUAAUCGAUCAUUUUUGGUAUGUUUUCAUCACCGAACCAACAUUUUUGUUCACAAUAUUUUUCACAAGGUGAAAAUUUGAAUCACGUCUACGUUUCAUAAAUCUACUUUCUAGAAACGGGAAAAAAGCACACUGGUAGUUAAACGACUUUCUCAGAAAGUAAAAUUGUGUUGAAUUUCCGAUAGUAUAUAAAAUGAUCCUGGCCAGAGGAGGUGUACUUAGGAUUAGCCGUAGGCUAGAUUUUCGCGGCUUUCUCGGUCCUACCCGACCAGAGGCUGAUUUUAUGGAGAGGAUUAGACAGAUAGAUAACUAAACGUUACAAUCCUCUCCCGAAAAUGACAGAAUCACUCAGUUAAAAACAAGAAAACCAGACCAAAAACAAAACAAACAAAAAACGCGGUUGGCAAAGCAUGAUCUGUAAGGUUGUAAUGCAAAUGAAAACAAAAAAUAAACUCAUUAUAUAAAGGAAUGUUUUCAAGCUUUUAGAAAUAAAACAUAUAUUCAAGAGAAAAGAGUGAUAUUCAAGAGCAUACAGGCGGUAUUUGAUAGCAAUUUGCGUCAUAUACAGUGUGGUGGGAUAUAUUGCCAAUACCACAAGGGAACCACUGUGUCAAAUUCACUGUUGUCUGUUAUUUUUGUCUCAUUUCCAUAAAAAAUAUUUUGUGUGGUCAUUUUAAAAUGCACUUCUGAAAAAAUUCGGUAGCUUCUGGUUCAUGCAUCCCUAUACCAUGAUCAUGACCUUUGGUUACCAAUCGGACAACUACAAAAUUAAUCAUUUUUGACAAAAAAAAAUCUUGUUUUUAUAUCAAACUGAUCAGACUUUGAAACUAAUGUUCUUCUAAACAGUCUCUUUUACAAUAGCUCAUUCACGCUUGGUUUCAUAGUAAUUUCAAAACACUUGAAUUUGGUGAUAAUUAGCUCUUUGUAAAAAGCAAAACAAUUAAAAACCUGUUAACAAAAUUUCAUUAUCAAAAAAAAGUGAGGCCUAACUUACAGUAGAACAUAUUUUGAAGUUUAAAGCCGUCUUCUGAAAGUGGACAUGAAUAAGACGCUUUGAUUUUCUGCUCUGUGUCUGACGCGGCGCCCAGUAAGAGAGCAUUGUGACAUCAGUUCUGUGUGUGCGCGUGACAUUCCAGAAUUAUUCAAUUGUUAGUGAUCGUUCAGUUGCCAUGGAAUGCUUGACCCGUUUACUGUGUUAGUUAUUGUCUGAGGGGACCAUCGAGUAUUGUGAAGUUUAUGAGGCGAAGUUAACAUCUUUUCCCAAGAUCAACUGCAAAGGUAAAGUUUCAAAAUGUAUUUUGCCAAGGGAAUAUUUCACAGUAAACCCGACAAGAAUUAUAACGUGGUGUGUAAGAAAAUUGUCAUUCAAACAAUACCCAGGCGAUUGGAUUUUUUACCUUCGAUUCGUUUCGUUACUAUGACAUGGAAAACUAGCUCUAACUACGGCUUAUGUAACUGCAAUUUUUUAGCCAUUUCAGUAAGAACUUUGGCGAGGCAAUUUAGUAAACCAUUCUGCCUGCAGACACUAAAAUAACAUCAAUUAGAGCAAAGAGAGUAGCUCUAUAAAAACAAACUCUAUCUCCGAGUCUAUGGUCCUGUAUCAUCUAGGGCCUGGACUUCUAUGGUCAGUCUUUUUAAUUUCACUGAUUUAUAUGACCUUAUGUAAUGACGAAUUUUAUAGAACCAAGAGAGAAGCUCAUUCUCUAUUGAUAGAACACCGUCGCUUGCCGACUAAACUCAAUAGCAGUCUAUAACACAAAACUAACUCUAUUAUCCAAAUAAGUCUUCCGGUUAUGUCAUGCCGAGCUCCCACGGGGUACGGUGCCCUUGAGGUUGGCCAUGUCACGUUUAAUUUUGGACAAUAAAUGAAUAAAAAAUACCCUACUCAGUUUAGGACAACAUUUUCCUUUUUUAGAACCCUUUUUAGGAGAAAAUACGCACUGUCUUGUUUCUUUAUUAAAAUUAAUUUAUAUGGACAAUUUCGGGAUUUUAUGUAACGCCGAGAGAGUACCCUGUGUAAUCAGUUCAAGAACUAUCAUAGCCUGCGUAGCAUUGCGGUUUUGGUUGGGCGCGCUAAGUAAUAAAGGCGGGCGAGUUCGCGCGCGAAUUUCGCGGCUUCGCCGCUCGUGCGCCCGGCUCUACAAAACCGCCAUGCUACGCAGGCUAGAACUAUCAAAUCUAUUUUAACUAAGCAUAUCAAUACUUAAAACGUUGAACAAAGUAUGUCACUAAAAGAGAGACUCGUGGAACUUCCUUCCAACAAAAAUGACCUAAAAAAUGUUGAUAAAAUGCGAGUAUUGAUGACCUGUUGGUACUGACUGUAAGGGUCAGUUUGUCCGGUAGACACCUUUUACUUUGUCGAGAGAUGCAUGGCCAUUAUAGAGCGGGUAAAAUGAGUAAAUGGAUCUCUGUCCGUUGAUCGAUGUGUUGGGCUUUAGUAAAGAGUUCGAGUGAGUAUACAGUCGAAUCUCUCUUCACGGACACCUCUAAAAGACAUUGUCUUAAAAACGGACACUUAGAGCUGGUUCCUGCCUUCCUUUACUCCCUUUAAUUGACUCUCUAUAAGACGGACAUCUCCCUGACACGGACACUUAUAUAGUGCCGGUCCCAAAGGGUUUCCGUCUUAGAGAAAACUGACUGUAUACAGUGUAUAUGGUCGCUGUUCAGUGAAAACGACAUUCAUUUUCUCAUUUUGAGCUCAUUGACUUUCUUUUUUUUCCAGGGAGGCUUACAUCUUCAGCUGCGGAAGAAGUUCUCCUAUCUGGCACGUUAGCGAGGCAGCCAAAACGGCCGAAGAGCGGGAGAGAUCGUUAAGACUGGCUACUCCCAAGAAAACUCAUCACCAGUAUCAGCCCGAGCGCGUGGUGCCUUGGAUUGUCAGUGAACCAGCUAAGAGAGCUGUGUCCUCGGCGCGCGUGGAGCAACUCGCGCGUCCCAAAACACGACAAGAUGGGCCUGUUAGAGAACCUACAUGGCGCGUUUCCUCGGCAAGCAGACGGACUGUGGCAUCUGCAAGAGUGCAGGAGUUGGCAAAAGCGAAGCAGACGGUUGAGGGAUAUUUACCCUGUAGAGAUGUGGAGUGGCCGGUUAGCAGGAACACGCUUAGAGCGAUAGCCUCAGAGAGAACCCAAACGUUGGCCAAGCCAAUCAUACGAGAGACCAUGGACCACGUUCAGUUUAAUCCUGAUGCGUUCACUGUGAGCGAAACGGCAAAAAAGGCAAAUGCUUCCCAAAGGAUCGUGGAAUUAGCGCAACCUUUAACGCGCGGACAUAAAUAAUAAACUGCGUUAUCAGGUUUACUGUUUAAAACGCAUGGAACGAUCGAGAAUUACUAGGUCCGCACUAGGAACGUGAGUAAUUAUCGUCUCUCCUCCUACGUGCUGCUUUGGAAAAAAUUUUUUGAAAGAUUCCAUGAAAAACGAACAAAUUAUUUAUUGAAGUUACAUUUUAAUUGACCGCAGGUUUUCCUUCAAAGCGUUGUUAUUUCUCUUGCUUCUGUCUCCUGUGCAUGCUUAGAGGGAUUUAAUUUACCAAUUUUUAAACCUAAAGAAUGUGGUACGUUCAAACGAAAGUUAAGUUUUUAUCCUUUUUGUGUUAUUUGUCAAGUAUAUUUUGAUAAAUUAAUCGAUUGUGUUACAAAGUGCGGUACAUAAACGAUGUUUAUAGAAAUAGGACUAAUUUUGAAAUUAUUUUUUAUACGUUGCAAGGC